CUCUCUUUUUUGUUUCUUUCCAUUGAUUUUGAGGUUGAUCUUCCAAGAGUUCCCCCUUCCACUUUUCCAGAUAUUAUUUCUUGGCUCUGACCCACUUCUUGCUUUUCCUCCCUAACCUGUAAAAUCUGUCAACUUUUUCCUCCGAUUCACUUCGCCUCUCCCAAUCAAUCCUCGCCAAGUUUCUUGAUAUAAGAUCGGAUGUCGUUCCGAAGCAUAGUUCGCGAUGUUAGAGGAAGCUUUGGGAGCUUAUCUAUGCGCACCUUUGAUGCAAGGCUGCCCAUACAUAACAAUGGGAGAUCCAACAGUUCAGUGGAUCUCCUGCUGGGCCACCACAACCAGCUCGAGGUGGCCCAAAACAGUUGUUGGGCUAAUCUACCCCCAGAGCUUCUUUUUGAUGUGAUCACGCGCUUGGAGGAGAGCGAGAGCGCGUGGCCCGCCCGCAAGCAUGUCGUGGCUUGUGCUGCCGUCUGCAGGUCUUGGAGGGGCAUUUGCAAGGAAAUCGUAAGAGUUCCGGAACUGUGUGGGAAGCUCACUUUCCCCCUUUCACUCAAACAGCCAGGGCCUAGGGAUGGAAUGAUGCAAUGCUUCAUCAGGCGCGACAAGACUAAUUUGACAUACCAUCUUUACUUGUGUCUUAGUCCCGCAUUGCUAGUUGAAAAUGGAAAGUUCCUUCUUGCUGCAAAAAGAACACGGAGAACUACGUGCACGGAGUAUCUUAUCUCUAUGGAUGCAGAAAGUAUCUCUCGAUCCAGCAACACUUAUAUCGGUAGAGUGAGAUCAAAUUUUAUGGGGACAAAGUUCAAAAUAUACGACACACAACCCCCUGAAACCGGGGCAACAACCACCGCGCCGCCGCCAGGGCGCACGAGUUUCAGGCUCCACUCCAAGAAAGUCUCUCCCAAAACCCCAACCGACACCAACAGUUACAACAUAGCCCAGAUCGCCUACGAGCUGAACGUGCUCGGGACGCGGGGCCCGCGGAGGAUGCAGUGCGUGAUGCAGUCCAUUCCCGCCUCGGCCCUCGGAGCCGGCGGCACGGCGCCAGGUCAGCAGGAGCUCUGCCCGCGGCCCGCGGAUGACUCGUUCCGGUCCAAGUCAUCCGGGCCCACCACCACCACGGCCGCCACCGAGUUCAGCAGCGCGCGGUUUUCCGGCGAGAGUGAUCCGGCGAUGAGACCCUUGGUUCUGAAGAACAAGGCGCCGCGCUGGCACGAGCAGCUGCAGUGCUGGUGCCUCAACUUCAGGGGGAGGGUCACGGUGGCGUCAGUGAAGAACUUCCAGCUGAUUGCCGCCGCCGCCUCGGGGAGCGGUGAUCACGGCGGCGAGAAAAUCAUUCUGCAGUUUGGGAAGGUUGGGAAGGAUGUGUUCACCAUGGAUUACCGCUACCCUUUGUCUGCGUUCCAAGCUUUUGCCAUCUGCCUCAGUAGCUUUGACACCAAAUUGGCUUGUGAAUAAUAAAUCAAUAAUAGAUCAAACAAAAAAAAACCUUUUUUAUGUGUCUUUUAUUGUUCUGUUGUUUUCCACUACGGACUGAGCUUCUGAGUUCGAGACACUGUUAACUGAUUGGGUCCAUUGCAGAUCUAACGAAAGAGAUGUCACCCUUUGUUCAAGAAAUUAGCUCCGUCAUUCAAAACUCAUAGGGAUUUUUUUAACAAUAAUAAGUCUAAUAUAAU